AUCAAUCAUUCCUUCCUUUCGUUUCUGUGCAGAGGAACGAAAAACUAAAAUCAGACUGAAGACACAUCAGUGGAUCAUUCAGCCGAUUCAGGUGCGUGCACUGAAAUCCAACAUCCAACAUGCAGCCAGACAAGGACGAGAAGGUUGCAGACGUCAUGGGGAGCACGUCUCAGAAGGCAGUGCCUCCACGUCCACCAUCGCCACCAUUGUCACCCUCAUCCACCUCCUCUUCCUCACCUCAAUAUCCUCCUCCACCCCGUCCUUCUCCGGCAGCAGAAGUGCAGUCUGGCUCAGGUGAUGAUAGUGAUAAACCUUUUCCAGCAACAGGUGGGGAUCCACCAAACAAAUACACCUGCUGUAUGAUGUGAAUGCUGCAUCCACUGCAAACGCUACCCCUAUACACAAGCACUGUUUGUGCCAUGCCAAAAACACAACAGUGGAAAAACUGCAUCGCAAGGUUUUCCACAGAGUCGCACCUUCUCAUUAUGUACCCAAAGUAUCUCAGCUUCAGCUUCAGCUUCAGCAUCUGUUCUUGCAAUGGACAGACAGUCGUGAUAUCUUUCAAUGUUGCUUAAUAGGAAUAAAUAU